AUGACUAGGAUGGGGCGGUGGCACGUGGUGCUGGUCGCGCUGGCGCUGCUAACCGGCGCGGGCGCUGGCGCCGCCGCCGAACAGAUGCAGUCUCGUGCCGUCGAUACUGGAGUUGACCUUCGCGUACCCGAGGCUCAGCCUAUUGGAACGAUUGUCGGUAGAAUCCCAACAAAACCUGGCUUUACAUAUCGCUUUAAUGAACCGCCUAAAGAGUUUGUUCUUGAUCCUUCAUCGGGAGAAAUCAGAACUAACUCGAUACUUGACCGUGAAAGUGUAGAUCGUUACGCAUUUGUUGUUUUAUCAAGUCAACCUACAUAUCCCAUAGAAGUUAGACUGCGGGUAACGGACGUGAACGAUAAUUACCCGGAAUUUCCUGAACCCAUAAUCGCUGUUGCGUUUUCCGAAAGUGCAGCGCCGGGAACUAAGUUAUUGCUAGAUGCUGCUACUGAUAACGACUUGGGUGAAAAUGGGAUUACAAACGAUUAUAGAAUAGUAGAUGGUGAUAAUGAAGGAAAGUUUCGUUUAAAUGUUACGGUAAAUCCCAGUGGACAAACUUCGUAUUUGCAUUUAGAAACUACAGGAAAGUUAGAUAGAGAAACGAAUGAUUUUUAUACUUUAAAUAUAUCAGCGCGUGAUGGCGGAAAUCCACCUAAGUACGGAUAUCUUCAAGUAAAUGUAUCUAUUUUAGAUGUAAAUGAUAAUCCUCCUAUUUUUGAUCAAAGCGACUUUUCUGUGUCUCUAAAUGAAAGUGUGCCUCCUGGAACGACCGUUCUUAAAGUAACUGCAACAGAUAGUGAUUUAGGUGAUAACAGUAAAAUAACUUACGAAGUAAGUGACACAGAAAAACAAUUUGCAGUAGAUCCAGAGUCGGGCGUUAUAACAACUAUCAAAAAAUUAAAUUGUCCAAAAUAUUGUAGUAAUAAAACAUGCAAUAUGACUUGUGUGCUAACAGUUAUUGCAAAAGAUCAUGGAGUGCCUCGUCAGGAUGCCCGAACGUAUGUAACUGUUAAUCUAAUAGACGCCAAUGAUCAUGAUCCAGUUAUAACAUUUACUUAUGUACCACCUACAGCUAGUUUUGCUACUGUUGAUGAAAACGCGAAAAAUGGGUCACUCGUAGCUGCCAUUACAGUUACUGACUUAGACGCUGGUCUUAAUGGUAUAACUAGCGUUCAUAUUGUAGCAGGAAAUGAACUAAAUCAUUUCCGAUUAGAAAACUCAAGCAGUGUUUACAUCGUUCAUGUAAAUGGUAUUUUAGAUAGAGAGGAAAUAAGCAAAUAUAAUUUAACUGUCGUUGCUACCGACAAAGGAAUACCAGCAAGGACUGCUACAUCAUUUCUUGUUAUUCAUGUAAAUGAUGUAAAUGACCAUGAACCUGUAUUUGAAAAAUCAGAAUAUUCAACAGUUUUAAGUGAACUUGCUCCUUCCGGAACUUAUGUAGCUGGCAUAACAGCGACUGAUGAAGAUUCCGGAGUUAACGCUGAAAUAUUUUAUGAUUUUUACGAUGGAAAUCAACAACAAUGGUUUUUGAUCGAUCAUUUGACAGGAUUAGUAACAACCAGAUCUGCUUUAGAUAGAGAAAUACAGGGAACUGUUGAACUAAACGUAUCAGCAAGGGAUGGAGGUCCGAAUCCAAAGUGGGCUUAUACUAGAUUAAAAAUUACUAUAUUGGAUGAAAAUGAUGAAGCACCAUCUUUUCCACAAUCUCAAAUUAACGCUACUCUUCCAGAAAAUGUGAAACCAAUUAAAGAAAUACUUAUUUUGACUGCGUCUGACUAUGACCAAGGAACUAAUGGUUCUGUAUCAUAUUAUCUUUCUUCAAGUGUCGAAAGAAAAUAUCCAAACACAUUUAUACUUGAUCCUAUAACAGGGCAAUUAAGUGCUGCAGCAGAACUAGAUAGAGAAAAAAUUUCUUUGUACGAAAUUCAAGUGAUUGCUAAGGAUCAAGGAUAUCCCCCACAGUCAUCAACUGCCACAGUAUUUCUUAAAGUUCUCGACGUAAAUGAUAAUGAUCCUUUAUUUUAUCCUCAAAGAUAUUUUGAAAGUUUAAGGGAAGAUGCAACUCUCGGUUCAAACAUUCUUAGAGUCAAUGCGUUGGAUUUAGAUGAAGGAGAAAAUGCAAAAAUUAUAUACAAGCUCGAAAGUGGAGGUGAUGGCUAUUUUGAUAUUGAGCCAAUGACUGGUAACAUUAUAUUACAAAAAGACUUUCGUAAAGCUCCCAAAGCACUUUACACGCUCCGAAUAUCCUGUAAAGACAAAGGUAACAGACGAGCUAUGGAAGAUGCAUUUGUUGAUAUAAUUAAAUCUUCGUAUCGAAAAAGCUUGGAGUUUGAAGGAUAUAAUGGUUACAACUUUAAAAUAAUUGAAGAUGAAGGAACAUCAAAAUUUCAGCUUGGUCGUUUUGUUGGCAAGGUUGGUACAAGGACAUUUAGUGAUUCGAUGUUAUAUUACAUAAUGGAAGGUGAUCCUAAACAUGUUUUUAAAAUAGAUGAAAAAACGGGAACAAUAACCACUGAAUCUAAUAUUGACCGUGAAGAUAAAAUGACUUACCACUUAAAAAUAAUGGCUAAAAGUGGACAAGCUUUUGGCUUUACAACUGUUAAUAUCUCAGUUUUGGAUGUAAAUGAUAAUUACCCAUAUUUUAUAGAAGGAAAAGAUGAUAUUCACAUACCGGAGAAUAUGGCAGUAGGUCAAGAAGUAUAUUUUGCCAGAGCAACUGAUCGUGACUCAGGAUCUAAUCGAACAGUGUCUUAUGCUUUAAAUUACAAUCCUGAUAACAUUUUUAGAAUUUCUGAGACCACCGGCGUAAUAUAUUUAAAUAAGGCUAUAACAAAUGAACCAGGUUCUGUUUUAUCCGUUGAAGUUACCGCAUCUGAUACCGGCAGACCUGUUCUUGCGACUAAACAUACAAUAACUGCUAUUAUAGACGACGUCAAUGAUCAUACACCUGUAUUUGAUCAUACUUCAUAUGAAACUUCCCUAUUAGAAUCUACCUAUGUCAAUACUAGAUUUUUUGCAAUAUCAGCUACGGAUGCUGAUUUAGGUCCGAAUGGCAGAAUAUCUUAUUCUAUUACUGAAGGAAAUAUGGAUGGAAAGUUUGGCAUAUUUCCUGAUGGUUAUAUUUAUGUUAAAAAUCCACUUGAUAGAGAAGAGAGAGACUAUUAUUCUUUAACAAUAACCGCAUCUGAUUACGGUAAACCCCCAAGAUCAUCGCAAGUUCCUGUUGUUAUUCACGUUUUGGAUGAAAAUGAUAACAGUCCACAGUUUACCAAUACAACAUUCAUAUUUAAAAUAAAAGAAAAUGAACCGCCUGAUACUUUUGUAGGUAAAUUGACAGCAACGGACAAAGAUAUAGGGCGUAAUGCUGAAUUGACAUUUAGUUUACCUAUUGCUCAAAGUGACUUUAGAAUUGAUUCUAGAAAUGGCUUUAUUAAGACCCUAAAAUCCUUCGACAGAGAAAAUUUAGCCCAAAAUUCUGGUCAAAAUUAUAUCACAUUGACAGUUACUGUAAGUGACAAUGGUAAGAUAAAACUCUCAGACUCUGUUAGAGUAACCAUAUAUAUAACGGACGUCAAUGAUAACGCACCUAUAUUUACACGAACGCCUUAUUCCGUUGAUGUAUCUGAAGGGACGGCGGUAGGAGCCUCCAUUAUGAGAGUAUAUUCUUCUGAUGCAGAUGAAGGCCUUAACGGAGAUAUUUACUACAAAUUGAUAGGAGGUGAUGAUAUGGGAAAAUUUAUGCUGGACGAAGCAACUGGCCAACUAUUUAUUAACAAGCCUUUAGACCGCGAGAGUGUAGAUCAUUAUGUUCUCACAAUAUUGGCACAAGAUUCAGGACAGGAUGUACGGCUUUCUUCUAGCACAACAAUAAGCGUGGAUGUACUUGAUGAAAACGAUAACGCACCGACAUUUUCCCAGACACAGAUGAAAGUUUCAGUCUUAGAAACGGAACCAAUUAAUAAAAAAAUUAUACAAUUUUAUGCAAAUGAUGCUGAUUUAGGUAUAAACAACGAAGUACAAUUUUCUAUUUCAUCAGGUAAUAGGAAAGAAACCUUUUUUAUUGACAGCUAUUCCGGUGAAUUAUUUCUUCAUAAACAUUUAGAUUACGAAGACUUGACUUCUUACAUUUUAAACAUAACUGCUACUGAUAAUGGAAGCCCAAGUCUUUCAUCGAGUAUUUCAUUUGUGGUUAAUGUUAUAGAUGCAAAUGACAAUGCGCCUGUAUUCACUAAUACUGCUAUUGUACGACAAAUACGAGAAGGUAUUCCUACACAUACUCCUAUAGUAACAGUGACAGCCGAAGACCCAGAUUCAGGAUUGAAUGGUAAAGUUUAUUACUCGAUCACACAUCAAGAUCCAAAUGAUGGUAGACGGCAUUUUGCAAUAAAUAACAUAACAGGUGUCAUCCAUACUUUAUUACCUAUUGACAGAGAGAGUAUUGACACAUUUAGAAUAACUGUUGUAGCGUAUGACAGAGCUGAACCACCUUCAACUAGAUUAUCUGCAGAAAAACUUGUAACUGUUAUUGUAGAAGAUAUAAACGACAAUGCACCUGUUUUUGUUUCUAUGAAUGCUGCUGUAAUUAACUCUGCUCGCUUAGGCCGAAGUAUGAGCCAUGGAAUAUUUAUUAUGAACGUUUUAGCACGUGAUCUCGAUUCUGGAACGAACGGACUAGUUACUUAUAAAUUGAUUCAUGGUGGUAAUGACAUAUUUGACUUACAUAGAAGUAAUGGGGCGUUAACAUUGCGAUAUCCUCCCGCUAUGCCAGAUGCCAGGUGGAAUCUGGUCAUUAAAGCGACAGAUGAAGCUGUGUUGAGUGAGCAAAAAAGUACAGAAACUUAUUUGACUGUUAUCAUGGGUGGAAUGGAGUUAGAAGGCAUUACAUGGACAAAUGUAGGGUCUAUUUCAGUAGCUGAAAACGAACAAGCUGGAACUGCUGUGUUAAAUUUGACUAAUAACUAUAAAGCGGGAUUAGAGUAUUACAUAGUGAAUGUGACUGGUGAUAAUAAACAAGUGGACAGGUUAUUUGAUAUAGAUUCGUCAUUAGGAAUCUUAUCGACGGCAGUUUCAUUGGACAGAGAAGCUGGCGUUGACAGAUAUGAAGUGGAAAUUUGUGCUGUAUCGACGGGUUCACCGCUGCAAUCCACGAUGACAAAGGUCGAAGUCAUUAUAUUGGACAAGAAUGACAGUCCACCGGAGUUCAAGAACAUUCCAUCGGCAUAUUUUGCGUCCGAAGAUUUAGCGCCUGGACAACUUAUUGCAACGAUUACUGCUGAAGAUCCCGACACAAUUGGAUCUAUAACAUACAGCAUACACUCGGAAGAAUCGACGCCGUUUACGCUGGACGCUCAAAGUGGAAGAUUAACGCUCAAAGAACCACUUGAUAGGGAAACAGUAUCUGAAUACCAGGUGGUGAUCAGAGCUGACGAUGGAAUGCAGUUUACAGAUGUUACAAUCGUUGUUCAGGUAACGGACACGAACGAUAACCCACCAGUUUUUAAAGAGAGUGCAUACUCUUUUGACAUACUUGAAAAUGCUGCUAGAGGUUCAGUGGUGGGAACAGUGGCUGCUAUAGACCUGGACUCCGGACCUAACGCUCAGUUAAUCUACACGGUGAUAUCGGACUGGGCUAACGAUGUUUUCUCACUCAAUCCUCAAACUGGCAUCUUUACUUUGACAGCACGACUUGAUUAUGAAGAGACUCAACACUACAUUCUCGUGGCUCAAGCACAGGAUAACGGGCAUCCAUCUUUGUCCGGUACCGUCACAGUCUACAUCAAUGUCAUUGAUCUUAACGACAACGCGCCAAUUUUUGAUCCUAUGAGUUUUUCCAAUGAAAUUCUAGAAGACGUUCCAAUAGGUACCUCUGUGGUCACCGUUAGUGCUACUGAUAUGGAUGCAGGACUAAAUGGAAAACUGAUCUACAGCAUAACAUCUGGCGAUGAAAAUCAAGACUUUUCAAUAGCACCAAACGGAACAAUAAUAACUGCAAAACUACUUGAUCGAGAAACACUUCCGUUAUACAACUUGAUAGUGACCGCUAAAGAUUUAGCUAAGCCACCCGAACCUCAACUGUCAUCAACUGUACAGGUUACAAUACAAUUGAAAGAUGUCAACGAUAUGGCACCCGAAUUUAUUUCGUCCAAAACAACUGCUAUUUCUGAAAACAUUCCCCUUAACACGGUUGUAAUGACAAUUAAGGCCAUUGAUAAGGAUGAAGGUCGCAAUGGAUAUGUUGAAUAUUUUAUGGCAUCCAGUCCAGAAAUUAAUGGAUAUUUUACAUUGGGAAAUGUUGAUGGUAUUUUAAGAGCAACUGGAAAACUUGAUAGGGAACUAAAAUCUAAUUAUACAAUAUCUAUUUCGGCUAAGGACAGAGGAGAUCCGCCUAAUAAUACUAAAGCCAAAAUUUAUAUAAAAAUCCUUGAUGAAAAUGAUAACAGUCCGGUUUUUGAUCCAAAACAAUAUAGCGCUUCAGUCCCUGAAAAUGCCAGUAUAGGCGCAAGUGUACUACAAGUUUCUGCAACAGAUAUAGAUGAAGAUGCUAACGGAAGAGUUAGAUAUUCUAUAGCAUCUGGUGAUGAAAAUAGAGAUUUUAGUAUAAGCGAAGAUACUGGUAUUGUAAGAGUGGCAAAAAAUUUAAAUUUUGAAAGGAAAUCUCGUUAUAUACUACUGAUAAAAGCAGAAGAUUGUGCUAAAGAUGACGUGAGAUUUGAUACCGCUGAAUUAUCAAUUUCGAUUCAAGAUAUAAAUGACAACCCACCAACAUUUCUAGAUUCGCCUUAUUUAGCUUAUGUUAUGGAAAAUGUUAUUCCUCCUAACGGUGGAUACAUAUUGAAAGUACACGCCUAUGAUGCUGAUUCUCCACCUUUCAAUAACCAAGUUCGGUACUUUAUAAAAGAAGGUGAUGCAGAUAUUUUUAAGAUUAAUGCCUCUUCUGGACAAAUCUCUUUAUUGAGAACAUUAGAUCGCGAAUCUCAGGAUGAAUAUACGCUUUCACUAGUUGCAAUGGAUACAGGAUCGCCACCACUCACUGGUUCUGGUACUGUCAAAAUUAUUGUUCAAGACGUUAAUGAUAAUAGUCCUGAUUUUCAAAGGCAAAGUUAUAAAACUAGCGUUAAAGAGAACUUACCACCUGACACUGUUAUACUACAACCAAAAGCAAUAGAUAAAGAUGUUGGAAAUAAUGCAAAAAUUAAGUAUAGUCUUCUUGGUGAUAAAUCAGAAAGAUUUAAAAUUGAUCCUGUAACUGGUGAAAUCUCAACAAAUGCUACAUUAGAUAGAGAAGACUGGGAUGCUUACUACUUAAUAAUAAUGGCUCAAGAUUCUUCAACUACUGAUCCUAGAACUGCUACUGCUAACCUUACAAUUAUAGUAGACGAUGAGAAUGAUAAUACUCCUACAUUUCCUCAAACGAUGUAUGAAGUCUACAUUUCUGAACGCACUAUGCCAGGUGAUUUUAUUUUUGGUGUGAAAGCAAAAGAUAAUGAUAUCGGUCUUAAUAGAAAAAUAAUCUAUGAUUUGAAAGGAGAUCACCAAAACUUAUUUAGUAUAAAUAAAGACACUGGAGUUAUUAAAGCAAAAGAAAAUUUAAUAAAGUAUAAAGAUAAAAAUAGAUCGACAUUUAUGCUUAUCAUAUUAGCAACUGAUAGUGGAGUACUUUCAAGACAAAGUUCAACAGAAUUGAUUCUAAUACCAAAAUCCGGUAAAAACUUUCCAAAAUUUACUGUAAAUAAUAAAUUAACUUUUACCUUUCCCGAAGAUACACCAGAAGGAGUUUUAGUAACUAGACUAUCUGCGACAUCGCCCAAAAAACGACCAACAGGGUUGUUACAAUAUUCUGUCGCAGGAGGUAAUGUCGGCGAUGCUUUGAGAGUUGAACCAAUGAGUGGAGAAAUAUUUAUAACGGGGAAAGGCCUUGAUUACGAGACAAUGCCUCUAUACGAAGUUUGGUUUGAAGUUAAAGAUUCCGAUAAUCCACCCCUGAAGUCUUUUAUUGAAAUUGAAAUUAAAGUUGCUGAUUCAAAUGAUAACGCACCUGUCAUCGAAAAUGUGUUGUACAAUGCAACAGUUCCUGAAGAAGAAUCUCCACCACAAACAGUAAUAAAAAUUGAAGCACACGACGAUGAUUCCAAUGAAAAUGGAAGAAUAUCUUUUAGACUUGUUAAUGAUUAUGAGGAAACUUUUGUAAUUGAUUCGGAAAGUGGAGAAAUUUUCACAAAUAUUGCUUUAGAUAGAGAAUCAAUUGCAUUUUAUGAAAUUUUAGUGGAAGCUGUCGACCAUGGUGUACCACAGCUUAUAGGAACUUCGACAGUGCUUGUAUCAGUUUUGGAUAAAAAUGACAACCCUCCAAGAUUUACACGACUCUUUAGCGUAAAUGUCACAGAAAAUGCCGAAGUUGGUUCAUUUGUAAUAAGAGUUACAAGUUCAGAUUUAGAUACGGGCCCAAAUGCUAAUGCUACGUAUAGUUUCGUUGAUAAUCCUGGUGAAAAAUUUAUUAUUGAUCCCAUAAGUGGUAAUGUCACUGUUGCCAGGUCUCUCGAUAGAGAAUUACAAGAUGAAUAUAUUUUGAAAGUUGCAGCAAUUGAUGGAGCUUGGCGAUCGGAAACUCCUUUGACCAUAACCAUACAAGAUCAAAAUGACAAUGCGCCAGAGUUUGAGUAUUCUUAUUAUAGUUUUAAUUUUCCCGAAUUACAAAAUAAGAAUAGUUUUGUUGGCCAAGUAAUAGCUACAGAUAAGGAUAAACAAGGCCCUAACUCAAUUAUAUCAUAUUCGUUACAACAAACAUCUGAUCUUUUUACUAUUGAUCCAGCUACAGGCGAAAUACUUAGUAAGUUUAUGAUGAAUUAUAAACGAACUUCAGUUAAUUCGUCGCCUGAAAAUACAUAUUCUGUUAUCGUCGUUGCCACCGAUAACGGUAAACCACCAAUGUCAUCAGAAUGCUUGGUGACAAUAAAUGUCGUAGAUGCUAACAAUAAUAAGCCGAAAUUUAAAGAUCACGAAAAAUUAAUACCCGUACCUCAAGACGCAACCCUUGGUGAAAAAAUAGUAAGACUAGUAGCUGAAGAUACUUUAGAUUUUGGAAUAAACGCUGAAAUUGAAUAUUUCGUAGCGGGUGGAAAUGGAACUAUAUACUUUACUAUUGACAAAGAAAAUGGAUGGAUUAUUGUUUCCAAACAAUUUUAUUAUACGGGGCAGUAUUAUGAACUUAAAAUAAAGGCAGUUGAUCGUGGAGUUCCUCCUCAAUUUGAAGAAACAAAAUUAACAUUUGUCGUUACGGGUGAAAAUAUUUAUAGUCCAAGAUUUACUGCAUUAAGUUAUCAAGUGAUAGUGCCUGAAAAUGAACCGACUGGCUCAUCUAUUUUAACAUUGAAUGCAAACGAUGAAGAUGAAGGCCCUAAUGGCAUUGUAAGGUAUGCUAUCACAUCUGGAAAUGAGGGUAAAGAAUUUUGUGUUGAUUCUGUCUCAGGAACAAUAAGUAUUCUUCGUCCACUAGACUACGAUGAGAUUCAAGAAUAUCGAUUGAAUAUAACGGCAAAAGAUCUUGGAUUUAAGCCAAAAGAAACUACAGCCACUAUCACUAUUAUUUUAACAGACAUAAACGAUAAUGCUCCUCAGUUUAAUCAAUCAAAAUAUAUUGCCUACUUGCCUGAAAAUUCACCAAUCAAUAGUUUUAUAUUUAAAGUACAAGCUGUUGAUAUUGACUCUCCUAAAAAUUCUAUUAUAAAAUACCAUAUUUUGAAAAAUGAAAUGUUAUCAUUGUUUUAUAUUAAUCAAAAUACGGGUGAAAUUUUUUCGCGAGAAAUAUUUGAUUAUGAAGAAAAGGCAGUCUAUAAUUUAGAAAUAAUGGCUGAGAAUCCUGAUACUAUAAUGCGGAAUAUGACCGAAGUAGUUGUUCAUGUAACAGGCGUUAAUGAAUAUUAUCCGAAAUUCAUCCAACCUGUUUUUCAUUUUGAUGUGUCUGAAUCGGCGGAAGUAGGAGCGAAUGUAGGCGUUAUUCAAGCCACUGAUCAAGACAGAGGAGAGGAUGGAAUCAUUUACUACUUAUUUGUUGGCUCCAGUAACGAUAAAGGUUUUAGUAUUAAUUCACAGACAGGCGUAAUAAGAGUUGCUAGAUACUUAGAUAGAGAAACACAGAAUAGAGUUGUAUUAACAGUAUUAGCGAAAAAUUCAGGUGGUAUACAUGGAAAUGAUACUGACGAAGCUCAAGUCAUCAUAUCAAUACAAGACGGUAACGAUCCACCGGAGUUUUUAAGACAUUAUUAUGAAGCAACAAUUUCAGAAGGUGCUAAUAUAGGCCAAGAGGUAAUUCAAGUGAAAGCUGUUGACAAGGAUGUGCGUCCACAAAACAAUCAAUUCAGUUUCUCAAUAAUUGAAGGAAACACAAACCAAGAUUUUAAAAUUGAUCCUCAAAGUGGAGUUAUUGAAGUUACGCGACAUCUAGAUCGAGAAACGUUACCAGCAUACUCGCUCGUUAUUGGUGCUAUUGAUACAGGUGCACCCCCACAAACUGGUACGACGACUGUCAAAAUAACUUUAACGGAUAUAAAUGACAACGGCCCUGUUUUUGAUGUUGAUAGCUUUGACGGUUUCGUAUAUGAGAAUGAACCUCCUAAUACCAGCAUCACUACUUUGUCCGCAAAGGAUCCGGAUUUACCACCAAAUGGUGCACCUUUUUCAUACGCUAUAAUAGGUGGAAAACAUCAGAGUUAUGUCAAAGUUCAUAAGCAUACAGGUGUUCUACUAACCACGAAAAAAAUUGAUAGAGAAAUUACACCAUACUUAGAUGUUCAAAUUCAAAUUGAAGAUAGUGGUACACCUGUCAUGCAUUCUAAUUAUUCCAUACAAAUAAAGAUAUUAGAUAGAAAUGAUAACCCUCCAACACCCAGAUCAGCACAUGUUUUAGUACAUGCAUUUAACAAUAAAAUACCCUUUGGCAAAAUAGCAGACGUUAAACCUAAUGAUCCAGACAUAGUAGGUGACUAUAAAUGUAAAAUUAUCAAGGACGCAUCUGACAGCACGCUAUCAUUAUUUAGUAUAAGAAAAGGAUGUGAUCUCUAUACAAAUGCUGUGAGGCCUGGUCAGGGCUAUUCGUUUUCAGUAUCUGGAAAUGAUGGCAUACAUAAAGAAGUUGUUUCGUCUAUAAGUGUAGAGUAUUUUUCUUUCGACAAUAAUACUGUUGAACAGUCUGUAACAACAAGAAUAUUGAAUAUGACAUCUUCCGACUUUCUAACACAUUAUUAUAGAAUACUAUUAGAAAUAUUAAGAGUUGGUAUGAAAAAUAAAGAAAAUAUUUAUUUAUAUAGUAUAAAUGAAGUGAAAGAAAAUAUAGAUUUGACUAUAGCUAUUAAGAAUAUUAAUUCUAUUUGGAAAAAAGAAAGUACCCAGAAUCAUAUAAAAUCGAAGGAAUCCGAAAUCCGAAAGGUUUUAAAAAGACAAGUUAUAAUUCCAUAUUAUCCAUGUUCUACGCAUCAAUGUCAGAAUGACGGUAUUUGUACAGAUUCAAUUAAUGUCUUGGAUGGCACCAAAAUUACUGAAAGUGCCACGUUGAUAUUGUCAUCGCCUCUGGUUCGCCACGAUUAUAUUUGUCAUUGUACUGACAGAUUUAUGGGAAACAAUUGUGAAAAACGACAAGAUCCUUGUUCACCUAAUCCCUGUCAGUUUGGUGGGCAAUGUCGCAAGCAAGGUCAUGAUUUUGUAUGUUCGUGUCCAUCGAGGCGCGAAGGUAAGACUUGUGAACUAGAAAGAGAUGACGUAUGUAGUAGCAACCCAUGUAAAAAUGGUGGUUCUUGCAAAGAAAGUUCCGAUAGAAAUUCUUUCUUCUGCUUGUGUCGUCCAGGAUAUCGUGGAAAUCAAUGUGAAGCUUUAGUAGAUUCUUGUAGACCAAAUCCGUGUAUGCAUGGAGGAAUUUGCAUAAGCCUUAAGCCUGGAUACAGAUGCAGCUGUAUAAAUGGACGCUAUGGUACCCAUUGUGAGAGCUCCACGUUUGGUUUCAAUGACUUGUCUUAUAUGCAAUUCCCUGCUUUAGACGCAUCAACAAAUGACAUAACAAUCAUAUUUGCAACUACAAAGCCAGAUGCUUUACUAUUAUACAAUUAUGGAGCACAAACUGGUGGCCGAUCCGAUUUUAUUGCAAUAGAAUUGCUUGGUGGAAAACCAGUUUUCUCAUUUGGAGGUGCAAGAACUUCCAUAACAUCUGUGGCCCUUACUAAUACAGAUAAAAGCCUUGCUGAUGGAAAUUGGUACAAAUUAACGGCAACGAGAAAUGGGCGUGUCAUAUCACUAAGUGUAGCCUCAUGUACUGACCAUGGUGAUGUUUGUACUGACUGUGAUCCAGGUGAUGAUUCUUGCUACGACGAUGAUACUGGACAAGCAGGAACAUUAAAUUUUAACAACGAACCGUUAUUGAUCGGCGGACUUCAUAAGGCUGAUCCAGUGUUAGAGCGCCCAGGACAAAUUCAUUCUGAUGACUUCGUCGGUUGUAUGCAUAGCAUAACAAUAAAUGGGCGUGUAUUAAACUUAACUAAUCCUUUGCAAGCCCGGGGAGUUGAACCUAAUUGUGGACGUAAAGAAAAAGGAGCUUGCUAUAAAGAAGACAUUUGUGGUAUUGGAGAAUGUUUUGACACCUGGAAAAAUCAUUAUUGCAAAUGUGACAACAACCUUAUUUCGCCAGACUGCUUACAUUCACUUCAAAGUAUUUCGAUCGGAGAAAAUGGAUAUCUAACUUACGUAAUAUCAGAAAAGCAUAGAAGAAUGCAACUACUUGAUUCAUUUUAUAGUGGAAGUACAAUUUGGGAUAAAAAAUCUGGAAAAGGAAUCGGUAAAUUAAGUAAAUCAAAUAACCCUGCUAAAUCAAUAUCCUUUCUCUUUAGAACUCAUAAAAAGGAUGGAGUGCUUUUUUACGCCGCUACUGACAAAUACUAUACAUUAAUAGAAUUACAAGGAGGCAAAGUAAGUUAUACUUCUAAACAAAAUACUAUGGUGAAUAUGAGUCAAAUAGAACAAGUUGAUGUUGCUGAUGGAAAUUGGCACAAUAUCACAUUACUGGCAUUUGGACGUAUUAUUAGAUUAAUUGUUGAUGAUAAAAAUCUGGGCGAGGAGUUGGACACAGCUGGAGUACACGAUUUUCUAGAUCCUUAUUUAACAACUAUAUCUUUAGGGGGUAUUAAAGCUGAGUUUAUAUCAGCUUAUAACAAGUUCGAAGGAUGUUUAGCGAACUUUACAAUCCAGAACGAAGUCCAACCAUUUAUUGGGAAUGGGACAAUUUUCAAGGAAGUAGUUAAAACAGGAAAGAUCCUCUCUGGAUGUCAUAGUGCAUUUGGUGUCGGAUUAGCUCAAAAUCCAGAUCCCUUAAGCAUCGGAAUUACUCUUGUUAUAUCAUUUUUCAUAAUAUUGAUUGUUGCCAUUUUCGGCUCAUUCAUUGUAUUUCGACUACGCAAACAGAAAAAAGAAAAAGGCACAGUUACAGUUGGAAAAAACAGCAUGGUACAUACAAAACAAAAUGGAGGUCCUGCUAUGCUUAACGCACCAAAUUUAAUAGCUGGUACAAAUGACAGUCUAAUGAAUAGAAAUGUUCAUAGUAAUGAAACUAGUCUUAAUAGUUACAUAACUGAUAAUGCAGAUAUCAUGCGUAACGUGGGUCAUAUUGUAGGACCUGAGUUACUAUCCAAGAAAUAUAAAGACCGAGAAAUAAUGAACUUGGAUGCUCCUAGACCUCAGCGACCGGAUAUAAUAGAACGCGAAGUAGUUGGUAAAAGUCCUGCUCUCAGAGAAGAUCAUCAUCCUUUACCAACUCCUUCUUCUAAUACUUCCCAUCACACUCAUGAUCACCCAGGUGGAAUGGAUAUCAAUUCAGAAGUACCGGAACAUUAUGACCUAGAAAACGCGAGUUCAAUAGCGCCUUCGGAUAUAGAUAUUGUUUAUCACUACAAAGGAUAUCGUGAAGCUAGUGGUGUCCGAAAAUAUAAAGCAACUCCACCACCGAUUGCAGGUUACCACCACAAACAUCAAACUCCUCAACACAGACAUUCCCCACAUCAUCCAAGUGGAUAUCCACCCAGAGUUCUCUCGCAAACUUCACAACACCCACCUCAAACAAGGCAACAUCAGACUACUCCUUUAGCUAGAUUAUCACCCAGCAGUGAAUUAAGUCAGCAACCGAGAAUACUUACUCUUCAUGAUAUAUCUGGAAAACCACUUCAAAGUGCGUUAUUAGCUACUACAUCUAGUUCAGGAGGCAAAGAUGCAUUACAUAGUAAUAGUGAACGUAGCUUAAAUAGCCCUGUUAUGUCCCAGUUAAGUGGACAAAGUUCAUCCGCUGGACGUAAAACUCCCAGUGCUGCACCGCAGGUUCCACAGGUCGUGACUGUGGGAACUGGCCUCACAGCAGAAGAAAUUGAGAGAAUGAAUGCAAGACAACGAACGUCUAGCCUAGUCUCGACUCUCGAUGCAGUAUCGAGUUCAAGCGAAGCACCCCGGGUUGGUGGCGUUGGUCAUCAUAUGUCACACAGGCACCAUUCACCACAAGUUGACAAUAGGAGUUCUACUGGUUCAGACGAUGAAAGUGGAAAUGAUAGCUUUACAUGUUCUGAAAUAGAAUACGAUAACAACAGUAUAAGUGCUGAUAAACCAGAAGAUGUAAGGAGACAAAAUGCUACUAGUGGAAAUAAUAAUAAGAAACCUAUACUGCCACCACCAUAUGAAAGUUUUGAUUCUUCAUUUCGAGGUUCACUGAGCACUUUAGUGGCAUCUGACGACGACUUAGCUCCACAUGUAGGUUCAGCUUUGUACAGACAAGCCAACGGAUCACCAGCUUCGUUAGGCUGGAAUUGGGGAUCAAAUUUUGAAAGUAUGAUAGGCGUUUUUCAAGAUAUCGCUGAGCUUCCAGACUCAGUCAAUGGUCGAAUGUCUUCCUCACUAAGAUUGCCAAAUGGAACACCGAAACCGUCCGAGGAAUACGUUUAGAUAAUAAUAUGUUCCCACUGUAAAUAGGUACUGAUAUUUAGAUUUUAAAACUUUGUACAAAAUUGUUAGGACCUUGUAUCAAGGUCUUUGUAAUUUCUUAUUUCUUGCCAUAAUUGUUGAAUUAUAGGUUAUAAUAAUUAAGCAUUUAUAUUAGAUGAGCUAAUAUCG